UUAGCUACAUGAGCAUACAGAUGAUGAUGAUGAGCAACAAACCCUCCUUGAAGAAGACCAAUUCGUUUCCCUUAAAAAACAUUUCUCCUAAUUCCAUGUAUGUUCAACAGACUAUAGUUGGACCCAGCUGGAGGUCUCCUCAUCAGGUAGAAUUCCCAACCUCCCCUGAGGUCCCCCAGCUGGUCGAUGAAAUCUUCCAUGUCGCUCACCAUCAACACCCCAUCUCCCAAACUUACCUGCCUGACCUCUUCACCUGCGCAGCUUGCAAGGAGUAUGGCGCCGGCGAGUGCUACACCUGCGCUGACUGUGACUAUCAGCUACAUGAUUUCUGCGCCUUUGCUCCUCCAGCUCUUAAGAAACAUCCCAUCCACCCCCUUCACGACAUCAUAUUCUUACCAAAACCUGUUAAAGGAGGAUUAUUGAAACCGAAGUGCGAUAUCUGUGCCAAAACCACCAAAGGAUGCGUUUUCAAAUGCAAAGUAUGCAGUUUCCAAAUGCACCCAUGCUGUGCAAUGUUGUCAACCGAAAUCAGCAUUUCAGUCCACUCACACACCCUAAGGCUCUUGCCCAUGCCGGCUCAUUCUUCGUAUGGGGACCCUGAUGGCUUUGUAUGUCGCGGGUGCAAUCGGAGGAGGUCAGGGAGAGUGUACCAAUGCACCAUCUGUGAUUAUCAUCUCCAUGCAGUCUGUGCUAAGAACAUGGUGAAUGGACUUCAAGCGAAUGGUAUCAAAGGCAUGGAUAAGCCGAGCAAGCUAGGAUCUGCAGCUAAGGUUGCUUCUCAAGUGGUGAUAGAAUUCAUUGGAGGGCUGCUUGGAGGGCUUGGACAAGGGGUUGGACAGGUGCUGUUUCAAACUGCUACUAAAGGAAGUUGAUGGGAGCUCUGGGUUAAGUUUGCAGUUGGGGAAGUGUUGCAG